AUGAGUACGUUGUCGAAUGGCUCUCUGAGGAACAAAAGCCGACUGGUUCUCUGUGACAAUCUCAUUGAGAACAGGUUGCAGCCUCAAGGUUUCCGGAAGCGAAGAAGUCUUGGAUCUCAGAUAACUUUCUCUUUCACCGUGUUCCAGUUUGACUGGAAGAAGCAGGCUGAGAAUCCGUCCGGUCCUGGGGCUUUCCCUGGGUGA